AUGUCUGCCGAGAUUACGUUGGUUCAGGAGAUACAAAAAUAUCCAUGUCUCUACAAUAAUAACUUGCCAGAGUAUAAUCGUAAGGAUUUAACAGAGGAGGCAUGGGCCGAAGUCGCGCACAACAACAACCUUACAGUAAGCGAGUGUAAAGAAAAAUGGAGAAACAUCCGAUGUUCUUUUCUAAGAAGUUUGAAGCCUUCUGCGAAAUACAAAAAGCCGUAUUAUUUGACUGCUUAUCUACAGUUUGUUUUACCGUUUAUGAAAUCAUUAAAUAAUUUAGAAAUUGUUGAAGAAUCUCAAGCAAACGAAACUCUUAAGAAAAAUUCAACAAAAGAUAUUAUGACAAGUACGGUAAAAUCGGAGCCGGAGGAAGAUUUUGAAGAGCUAUCCGAAGGAGAACACACGAGUAUGGAAAUCCCUGUAACGAUGGCUGAAACUAUAAGUGCGGAGUCAUUAAUAUCACGUCAACAGACAACGGCGUUUCGAAAACGCAGACGCCCUACCUCAUUGCCAAAAACGUUCACAGAUAAAAAAAAUAAAAAAGCAAAAUAUAGUCAAGGGCAAAUGUUAAAACUUGUUUCAGCCGAUUCGAAUCGAGGGAAUAACAACGCGAUGCGCUACUUCCUGUUAAGUCUUCUACCUGAAUUUGAAACCAUGUCCGAUGAACAAAUAAGACUUUUUAAAAUCAAGGUUAUGUUGCUUAUUGAUGAACUGAAAACGAAUGAUACACGGAUAAGACAAAGUAUUAACAAUGGGAGUGACUCAGAACGUCUUCACAAACGCUUAAUAAAUUUGCUUUUAAGGAACCUUAAGAAAUCUCCAUGA